GCAGCUUCACUGACUCUCUACAAGAUGGCGAAAGAUCUUUCCUUCUUGGUUCUCCUCUUUGGACUGUGGCUCGGGGCCAAUGCGCAGUGUUGUGGGGACUCCGACUAUUGCCCAUCCUGCCCACCUGGAUGGACUGCAUUUGGUGACCGCUGUUAUGUCUACGAUGGCACCCCCAAAGAGUGGGCUGACGCUGAGGUCACCUGCCUCAAACACGGUGGGAAUCUGGUCUCCUUCAGCAACCAAAAGGAAUUCGACUUCAUCUCGCGGCUGAUUAGAAGGUCCAGUGGUGCAAACACACGGAUUUGGGCGGGAGGACAAGACGCCACCAAGAAUGGAGUGUGGCUGUGGAGCAAUGGUUCCAAGAUGACAUUCAUCAACUGGGGUCCACGCCAGCCGGACAACGCAAGGGGAAGAGAGCAUUGUAUGGAGUUGAACUUGCGAGGAAAACCAAAUGACCACGUGUGCAGCGUCAAGAAGCCCUUCAUGUGCAUGAAAGACAAAGAAUGAGCCAUUGCACGUGUCUAGAGCUUGCAUUAAAAC